AUGAGAGUCAAAAGGUUUUCGAAAGAUCUCGAUGCUCUCGAUUUUUUUUUUCGGUAUGCGACUGAAAUUCGAUAUGCGACUGAAAUUGAAAACUGUGAACUCUUGGAUUCUUGUGACUACAAACAGUUAGUGGAAAUAGUGAAGGAAUGUGCAGAAAAAGCAUCGAAUCCAGUGAAAAAAGAUGGAAAAGUAAGCAUUGAAACUAUAGAAUUGCUGAAAAAACGAAAAUUGCUGCUCCAUUCAAGUUCAAGCACCAGCAAUGAAAGAAGAUCCAUCUCAAAAGCAGCGCGAGAAUCAUUGAAAAAAGAUAUCGAUCAAUGGAAGUGUCAAAUGAUCCAACGAGUGGUUGAGAAAAGAAAAAGCAUCAAAAAGAUGUAUCGCAGGAUGGAAGAUAGAAAAGAAUUAUUCGGAAAACUGAAGCUGGCGGAUGGUUCUACAACAGCAAAUCGAUCAAAAAUCAAGUCCGAAAUUAAAGAUCACUUCACACAGCAGUUCAAAAAUCUUGGCCAAAGAACCCAAAAGACCAACGGAAAGCCAAGAAAUCCAUUCCCAAUUUUGAUUGAGGAAGUGAGCUCUGCAACAAGAAAAUUGAAAUCGGAUUCCGCUAUGGGGCUAGAUAGAAUUGGAGGUGAUAUGCUGAAACAUGGAGGUGAUAAAUUGCAGAAAAAUCUUGCCAGAUGCUUCAACAAACUGAACGAAAACGGAAAUUAUCCACCAGAAUGGAAUGAAAUUCGCAUAAAAUUGCUGGAAAAGAAGAUAAACCCGGAAACCUUGAAAGAUGUUCGCCCGAUUUCCAUUCUUUCAAUCCCUGGAAAAGUGUUCACCAAAAUAAUGACAAAGCGAAUGGCAAGAAAUGCGGAAAGUUAUCUGGAUGAGACCCAAAAUGGAUUUAGGAGUGGAAGAUCGUGCUCAGAAAAUCUACAAUCCAUCACUUGCCUGUGGGAAAAAUGCCAUGAAUACGAUCUGCCGCUGGUUCUCACUUUUAUCGAUUAUCGUGCGGCGUUUGAUUCAAUAUACUGGAGUGCAGUACAAGAAGGAGUAUUGGAAUCAGGAUUUGAUUCACAAUAUAUGGAAGCCAUAAAAAGCUGCAACGAAAUGGGCACAGGAGAGAUCGAGAUUUUCGGAGAAAAACUGAGAAUACCAGUGGAAAGAGGAGUUAGACAAGGCGAUUCUUCCUCGCCUGCGCUUUUCGCAAUUGCGCUGCACAAACUCUUGAAAGAAGCCGAUCCACUACCAGAAAAUGACGAUGAGGAGAAUUUUGGAAUACGGGUCGACGGCAAAUACAUUUCGAGACUAUUAUUUGCAGAUGAUCUCGUUCUAAUCGACAAAAAUCCAAAAGAUGCCUCGAAUCGAUCCUCAAAAAUUGCCAAAAUCUGCGAAAAAGCUGGCUUGAUCUUCAACACAUCCAAAUCAAAAGUUUUGAGAAAUCAAUGUGCCAACAAUUCAAGUGUUCGAGUGAAUGGUUCACCGCUCGAAGACGUGGAUCAAAUAAAAUACCUCGGAAGAAUAUUCAGAAAAGAUGGUGCAUUGGAUUCGGAAAUCAACAACCGAAUAAGAGCCGGAUGGGCCGCUUAUCAUAACAUCGCCACCGCAAUUACCGAGCUUCCGAACAAAGAGAAAAACCACUUUUUGAGAUCCAGUGUAUUGAGUGCAAUGACCUAUGGUUCAGAAACUUGGAACACCAAAGUCGAAGAUAUCAAAAGAAUCCAGAGAACAAUCAAUUACAUAUGGAUUCAAGCAAAUGCCGGAACACCACCAAAUAUUGAAAAGUUUAUAAUGAAAACAAAAAUGCGCUGGGCAGGACACAUUGCCAGAUUGCCAACACAAAGAUUAUGCAGAAUUAUAACUUUAUGGGAACCCCCAAAUGGUGUGAAGAGAAGAAAGGAAAGACCGAAGAAGAGAUGGGUCGACGACGUGCAAAAUGAAGUGAAAGUGCAUCAGCACAACAUCAAUAUGCAAGGCCUCGGGGGAGGCGGAAGAAGAAGGAUCGGGCUGAUCUCCAGUAAAAUGCCCUGGUCACGAUUGGCUAGAAGCCGAAGUUCCUGGAAACAUCUGGUCCACAGCUACUCGCUCGAAUAA